ACAUUCAGCAAAUCGUACAUCUAAAGUUUGGCGACCCAAACAGGCGUCAUAGUCGGGAACGUGGUCCCUGCUUCAAGAGGAGCCCCAAGAGGGUACAAGAUAUAUGAGAAAAAAAUGAUUUAGUUCUCAUAAUUGUUAAGAAGGGUGGUUGGUGAUCAGAAAAUCUGUGGUCGUUUUGAAAUCUAGUGGGGGGCGUGGAGCAAGAUAUUUUCUGUCUAUGAAGGGCAAAAAUGCAUAUCGAAUCUGACGAAAAUUAUGGUACCCUUGGGCCUCUGAUACCUUCUGACUUCUGACAACCCUAAAGAGAGAAGAGAGGGACUGGUGAGGAAGUCAUUACUCCUGACGCUGACGUCCUCCCCUAUUAAAAACCCCACAUUCGUCAAACAGACACAAAAAGAUUUUGCCACAGUGACUGGUGAUACAAGUCUUCAAUGUCCAUAGAUGAGAACACCUUCCACAAUAAAUUUGGUCGCCAAACCUUCAUAAAUACACGACAUACCCAACUGUUUUUACUAUUUUUAAUUGUCUGGGUAAACACGUUUCAACUGAUCCAUUAUUUUGAUCCACCACUGUAUGUCAUUUCAUUUGUAAUGCAAUAAUCUUUUUGCAUAUUCAUUCGAAGAUUUUCCCAAAAUUAUUUACAGUAAUUGUUAGUGUGUUGAGGCUUUUCCUGCUUUAUGGUUUAUGGUCUAUGUUAUUGUUCUUAUUUUAUUGUGUUUUAUUGUUAUAGUUGUGUAUUUAGUCAGGGUUACUGUCUGAACCUUGGCCAAGUUAUUUUUAAUGUUUUGUUUAUUGUGUGGCUGUAAGAAGAUCAUAAGCUAGCUUAUCCUCACUGUAAUGGUAAGAUAUCGGAGAGAGCUACGAGCUCAUAUGUUGCAUGGUUGUUCAUUGAUCUUCUUUCAAUAUAGAAGGUAUAUGUUCUUGUGUUUCUUCUGCCAUCACAGUUAGCAUUAGAGCACCAGAUCUCUACAGUAAUGUCGUGAACCAGCAUAACAUUUCUUCAUUUCGUGCAUGCAUUUAUAUGAAUUAUGAAGGGCUCAUGCCAAUUAAGCUCUUCCUAAUAAUUUGCUACAGAGUCGAAUUGAUAAUCCCUCAUGGCUUUGAGUCACAAAUUUGACAAGGAUUAUUAUAACCAGGUUCUAUUUGAAGGAAACUCUUGUGUAAAAAAAAUUAUUCUGAACAGACCCCGUAAGUUAAAUAUCCUCAAUUAUCACAUGAUCUCUCAGAUGACACAGAAGUUGAAACUAUAUGAGAGUGACCAGAACGUUAAACUUGUGAUUUUGAAGGGGAAAGGAAAAGCAUUCUGUGUUGGUGGUGAUGUUGUAUCAGCGUAUACUUGUAUUAUGGCAGGACAUUGGGUCGUGGGUGCAAAAGGCUAUGAGAAACAACUCAUGUUGGACCAUAUAAUUGCUACAUAUAAAAAGCCCCUGAUUGCAAUGGUUGAUGGAAUUGUGAUGGGAGGUGGAGCUGGGUUAUCAAUGAAUGCGACUUUCAGAGUCGUAACUGAGAAAACUGUGUUUGCCAUGCCAGAAGCGGAAAUCGGACUUUUUACUGAUGUGGGUGCAUCAUAUUUCCUUUCCAGGCUUCCGGGACACUUUGGAGAAUACCUGGCUCUUACUGGAGCUCGAAUAAAUGGAAGAGAAAUAGUUGAAUGUGGCCUUGCAACUCACUUUAUCCUUUCAAAGAAUCUCCUUUUGUUGGAAAAUGCACUGGAGAUGGUAACUUUUGGUGAUAAAGCUGCAAUUUCAGAGAUUAUCAGCAAAUUUUCAGAGGAAAUAGCUGUAGAAGAAGACAGUUUUUUCAAUAGAAGGUUGGAUAUUUUCAACAAAUGUUUCUCAAGGAAAACAGUGGAAGAGAUACUAUCAUCACUGGAACAGGAAAAUGGACAAGAAGAGUGGAUUCUCAAGGCAAUAAACUCGAUGACGUCAUCUUGGCCAUCAAGUCUCAAGAUUUCUUGUAGAUCGAUAAGAGAGGGAAGAGUACAAGCUCUUGAACAAUGCCUCAUUUGCGAUUACACCAUUUUUUGCAACAUAGUGAGAAGAACAGUUAGCAAUGAUUUCUUUGAGGGUUCAAGGGCAAUGUUACUGGAAAAAGACAAGAAACCUAAGUGGGAGCCUUCAAAACUAGAGCUAGUUACUGAGGAAAUGGUGGAGAGGUGUUUUGCUAAAAUUGAUGAAGAUGGCUGGGAAUUUCUAAAACUUCCUGCGAGACCUUACUCAGUUGAUGAUGAUACUACUGCUGUCAGGGCAAGACUUUGAGAUUGGAAACUCAUGCUAGCCAGCUACUUUGGUUUUAAAUUAAGUUAGAAUGUGCCGAUGAUGAGUUGAUUAGUAUAAAUAUUCUCAACUCUUCAUGUAUUGGGAUUGUUUUUUAUUGCUUCCAUUCUGUAUGGGAUUAUGGUGUUGUGGGUAUCUCUAUAUUGCAAGGAAUGAGAUGAGAAGAGUUGUGGUCUUGUGAUGGAGAUGUCAUGAGAAGCUUGUGAUGUUGUCAGGUGAUGCUGCUGGAGACUUGAGAGUGUGUUUAGAUUAAGGAAUUUGGGAAGGGAAGGGAAAUGAUAUUUCUUUCCAAUUCUCUUGUUUGUUUGGAUAGUUUUAAAAAAUAAUUAAAUUAAGGAAGGAAUUUAUCGGAAAA